CUGCAGCCGCGGGCGGAGCGGAGCGGAGCAGAGCAGAGCAGAGCGGCGCGGAUGAGCUCACCCCCGAGCGCGGCGCAGAGCCGAGCCGAGCCUCCCGCCGCCGCAACUUUGUUGGAUGAAACUCCUUCAUUGAAAUUGAUUUAGCAUUGAUUCUGGCAGAAGGAAUGGAAACCUCAAGAUUCAAAUGAACCCAGAAUUAACUAGAAGAACUGAUGAACAGAGUUAAUUCUUGUGGGUGUUUGCGUUUGACUUCAUGAGAAACAGCAGAAUCCUGGAGUGGUAAACUCAGACAGUUUCUUUUAUGGAUACUGAAGUCAAUGCAUGUGUUUUCACCAAGAUGCCAUGAAACUAUAGCUUAAAAUAGGCAUAAAAUAAUUGGAUUAUAAUAAUUGAAGAUUUGGAACCCAAGUGAUGUUAAGACAGUCAAAACACACUGGAACUUGGCUGGCUGUUGAAAUGCAGAAGCUGAAGGGGCUAUUCCAUAUCAAAACAUACUGAAGACCUGAUUUUCAUGCAUCUCUCUGUUAACCACUUCCUUAAAUGACCACGAGUGGGAUCUCAUGCAACCUUUGUAUUUUUUGGAAACUAUUCUCCAAAAGGGAAUUGUGCAUUUAAAAAGCAGACAUGACUCUGUUUUUUCUUGGAACUUACUAAGGUUAAACACAUUUUCAAAUCAUGACCAGCUUAAAGCGGUCCCAGACUGAGAGGGCUGUUGCCACUGGAGUGUCAGCUGGAACAGAUGGCACUUCUAAAGUCCAUUCAGAUGACUUUUACAUGAGGCGCUUUAGGUCUCAGAAUGGCAGCUUAGGAUCUGCAGUCAUGGCUCCUGUUGGACCUCCACGAAAUGAAGGUUCCCAUCAUCUUACCUCUACUCCUGGUGUUCCUAAAAUGGGAGUAAGAGCAAGGAUUGCUGACUGGCCACCAAGGAAGGACAACAUCAAAGAAACUAGUAGAUCGAGUCAGGAAAUUGAAACAUCAAGCUGCCUUGAUAGUAUGUCUUGUAAAAGUAGUCCUGGGAGUCAGGGGAGCUCUGUAAAUCUGAAUGCUAGCGACUCUGUCAUGUUAAAGAGUAUCCAGAACACCCUUAAAAACAAAACAAGACAAUCUGAGAACCUAGAUUCUCGGUUUCUAACACCUGAUGGAUACCCCAGUUCCCCCAGAAAAGCUCUUCGCAGAAUAAGACAGCGCAGCAACAGUGAUAUUACCAUAAGUGAGCUUGAUGUGGAUAGCUUUGAUGAAUGUAUUUCACCAACUUUUAAAUCUGGGCCAUCACUGCAUAGGGAGUAUGGCAGCACAUCUUCAAUAGAUAAGCAGGGAACUUCAGGGGAUAGUUUUUUUGAUUUAUUAAAGGGUUAUAAAGAUGAUAAGUCUGGUCAGAGAGGCCCAGCCGCAACCAAGCUCAGUGAACUUCUGAUAGCCAGUGGAAGCAAGGGUUCAGGAUUCUCUUUGGAUGUGAUAGAUGGGCCUAUUACUCAGAGAGAGAACCUCCGACUCUUUAAGGAAAGGGAAAAACCACUCAAGAGACGCUCAAAGUCAGAGACAGGGGAUUCUUCUAUUUUUCGUAAGUUGCGUAAUGCCAAAGGUGAAGGGGAACUUGGAAAGUCUUCAGAUCUUGAAGAUAACAGGUCUGAAGAUAGUGUCAGACCUUGGACUUGUCCAAAAUGUUUUGCCCAUUAUGAUGUCCAGAGUAUAUUAUUUGAUUUGAAUGAAGCAGCAAUCAAUAGACAUAACGUUAUUAAAAGACGGAACACCACAACAGGAGCUUCUGCUGCUGCUGUCGCAUCCUUGGUUUCUGGACCCUUGUCUCAUUCUGCAAGUUUCAAUUCUCCCAUGGGCAGUACUGAAGACCUGAAUUCAAAAGGAAGUCUCAAUAUGGACCAGGGGGAUGAUAAAAGCAAUGAACUUGUGAUGAGUUGUCCUUAUUUUCGUAAUGAGAUUGGUGGGGAAGGAGAGAGGAAGAUCAGCCUGUCCAAAUCCAAUUCGGGUUCAUUCAGCGGAUGUGAAAGUGCCUCUUUUGAGUCUACGCUUAGUUCCCAUUGCACAAAUGCAGGAGUGGCAGUACUUGAAGUACCCAAGGAGAAUCUGGUUUUACAUUUAGACAGAGUGAAGAGAUAUAUUGUUGAACAUGUGGACCUUGGUGCAUAUUAUUAUCGGAAAUUCUUUUAUCAGAAAGAACACUGGAAUUAUUUUGGAGCAGAUGAGAACCUUGGUCCAGUCGCUGUGAGUAUUAGAAGAGAAAAACCAGAAGAAAUAAAAGAAAACGGACCUCCAUACAAUUACCGCAUUAUUUUCAGAACCAGUGAGCUUAUGACCUUAAGAGGCUCUGUACUGGAAGAUGCUAUUCCUUCAACUGCAAAGCACUGCACAGCCAGGGGACUCCCCCUAAAAGAAGUGCUUGAGUAUGUGGUUCCUGAGCUGAAUAUCCAUUGUCUCAGGUUGGCGUUCAACACUCCAAAAGUCACAGAGCAGCUUAUGAAAUUGGACGAACAAGGGUUAAGCUAUCAGCUGAAGGUGGGUGUCAUGUACUGCAAAGGUGGACAGAGCACAGAAGAGGAAAUGUACAACAAUGAAUCAGCAGGGGCAGCCUUUGAAGAGUUCCUUCAGCUGUUAGGAGAACGAGUUCGACUGAAGGGGUUUGAAAAGUAUCGUGCUCAGCUAGACACCAAGACUGAUUCAACUGGUACUCAUUCUCUUUAUACAACAUACAAGGAUUACGAAAUCAUGUUCCAUGUUUCCACCAUGCUGCCCUACACUCCUAACAACAAGCAACAGCUCUUAAGAAAACGGCAUAUUGGAAAUGAUAUUGUGACGAUAGUUUUCCAGGAACCUGGAGCACAGCCAUUCAGCCCAAAGAACAUUCGUUCUCACUUCCAGCAUGUCUUUGUCAUUGUAAGAGUGCAUAACCCCUGCACUGACAACGUCUGUUACAGUGUUGCUGUAACAAGAUCCAGAGAUGUACCAUCCUUUGGACCACCAAUUCCAAAAGGUGUCACUUUUCCUAAAUCGAAUGUGUUCAGGGACUUUUUAUUGGCCAAGGUCAUUAAUGCAGAGAAUGCUGCUCAUAAAUCAGAGAAGUUCCGUGCCAUGGCCACCAGGACCCGUCAAGAGUACUUGAAAGACCUGGCAGAGAAGAAUGUCACCAACACACCUAUUGACCCUUCUGGCAAAUUCCCCUUCAUCUCACUUGCCUCAAAAAAGAAGGAAAAGUCCAAGCCUUAUCAAGGAGCAGAGCUCUCUAGUUCUGGUGCCAUUGUAUGGAGUGUCCAUGCAAAGGAUUAUAGCAAGGGCACAGAAAUAGACUGUCUCCUGGGCAUCUCUAAUGAGUUUGUAGUUCUUAUUGAGCAGGAUACAAAGAGUGUGGUGUUCAAUUGUUCCUGCCGAGAUGUGAUAGGGUGGACUUCAACAGACACUAAUGUCAAAAUCUUCUAUGAGCGGGGUGAAUGUGUUUCCUUGGAGAGCUUCAUAAACAACAUUGAUGAUAUCAAAGAGAUCGUCAAAAGGCUUGAGAUUGUGACAAAAGGCUGUGAAACAGUAGAGAUGACCCUGCGCAGGAAUGGACUGGGCCAGCUUGGUUUCCAUGUAAACUAUGAAGGCAUUGUGGCAGAUGUUGAGCCCUAUGGCUAUGCUUGGCAGGCAGGACUACGACAGGGAAGCCGACUAGUAGAGAUUUGCAAAGUGGCAGUAGCCACACUAAGCCAUGAGCAAAUGAUUGAUCUGCUGAGAACAUCAGUCACUGUGAAGGUUGUCAUCGUUCCUCCGUAUGAGGACUGCACCCCACGCAGGAGUUCUUCAGAAAGCUAUCGCAUGCCAGUGAUGGAAUACAAAAUGAACGAGGGGGUUCCAUACGAAUUCAAAUUCCCCUUCAGAAAUAACAACAAAUGGCAACGAAAUGCAAACAAGGGGCAGGGAUCUCACAUGUCACAGGUACCAUCCCAGAUGCAGAGUCCAGUAAUCUCAAGGAUUGGGUCAGGGAAAGGAGAAGGGAAAAUGCCUCCUCCAGAACGAUCAGCCAACAUUCCUCGCAGCAUCUCUAGUGAUGGGCGUCCAUUGGAAAGCCGAAGGUUGUCUCCUGGUUCCGAUGUCUACGUCACCGUUUCAUCCAUUGCUUUAGCAAGAUCACAGCAGUGCCGUAAUUCACCAAGCAACCUAUCAUCCUCAAGUGAGACUGGCUCUGGUGGGGGAACAUACAGGCAGAAAUCUAUGCCAGAAGGGUUUGGAAUGACCCGUAGAUCUCCUGCCUCCAUUGACAGGCAAAGCACACAGACAGAUACUGGGGGCAGCGGCAAAUCCACACCCAGCUGGCAAAGGAGUGAAGAUAGUAUUGCUGACCAGAUGGGGUAUUCAGCAAGGAUUCUGUCGCUCUCUUUCCCAUCUGCACAUCAGGACUUGCUAUUAAUAAAUCAUCAACAUACUGCAACAACGCCACCUCAGGGUGUCUCCCUUUCCAAUGCUCCAGAACCAACAUGCCAUCUCCCAGCAGUAUCAAAAGUGCUGCCAUCCUUCAGAGAGAGCCCCAGUGGAAGACUAAUGAGGCAAGAUCCUGUGGUUCACUUGUCUCCAAAUAAGCAGGGUCAAUCUGACAGCCACUACUCCAGCCACUCCAGUAGCAAUACUCUCUCUAGCAAUGCCUCCAGUGUGCAUAGUGAGGAGAAGUGGUAUGACAGCGGAGAGCGUAUGGAUUCAGAACUGAACAGCUACAACUACCUUCAAGGAACAUCCGCAGAUAGUGGCAUAGACACCACUUCGUACGGCCCCAGUCAUGGCAGCACAGCCUCUCUGGGAACCUUAACAACAUCUCCUCGAUCAGGGUUGACAAAGGAGAAAGUGGCACCACUGUGGCACAGCUCCAGUGAAGUAGUCUCCAUUGCAGACAGGACUUUAGAAAAAGAGAGCCAUAUUGUAGACCGAAAGACAGAGUCUUCGCUAAGCCUGGAUAUUCACACCAAGAGUCAACCAGCCUCCAAUCCAUUAACAAGAGAGAACAGUGCUUAUAGUCUAAGUGAUGCUGUUUCACACACAAGUACCAUGAGCUCACGACAUUCUGCCAGCCCAGUUGUUUUCACCAGUGCCAGAAGUUCACCUAAAGAAGAGCUUCAUUCUGCUACUUCCCCGCAGCUCGCACCUCCUUUCUCCUCCUCCUCCUCCUCCUCUUCCGGUCCUAGGACUUUCUACCCACGCCAGGGUGCUACUAGCAAGUACCUGAUUGGAUGGAAAAAACCAGAAGGGACAAUAAACUCUGUGGGGUUUAUGGAUACAAGAAAACGUCACCAGAGUGAUGGCAAUGAAAUGGCACAUCCUAGGUUGCGUGCAUCAGCCAGAGAUCUACGGGCAUCACCCAAAGGGUCCUCCAAGUCCACUGUCGAGGAAGAGCUGAAGAAACUGAUUGAUCUGGACAGCCCAACGCCAGAGUCCCAGAAGAAUUUCAAGUCUCCAUUCCCUAGCACUCCUACCACAAGGCGUGCCUUGCAGAGAACCCUGUCAGAUGAGAGUAUUUACAGUGGUCAAAGGGAACACUUCUUCAACUCACGGGCCUCACUUCUGGACCAAGCCUUGCCAAAUGAUGUCCUUUUCAGCAGCACAUACCCGUCUCUACCAAAGUCAUUACCCUUACGGAGGCCAUCAUAUACAUUAGGAAUGAAAUCAUUGCAUGGAGAGUUCUCUGCCUCAGAGACCUCCCUCACAGACAUCCAGGAGCAAAGAAGGCAGCCCAUGCCAGACCCAGGUCUUAUGCCCUUGCCUGAUUCUGCCUCUGAUCUGGACUGGUCAAACUUGGUAGAUGCUGCCAAAGCCUUUGAGGUUCAGCGAGCCUCUUUCUUUGCUGCUAGUGAUGAAAAUCACAGACCAGUGAGUGCUGCCUCCAACAGUGAUCAGACUGAGGACCAGCUCACUGGACAGAUAAAGCCUUACACAGGGAAAGAGUCUCCUCCUACUCUUGCCUCAAAAGUAGACCAGUUAGAAGGUUUACUGAAGAUUCUGCAAGAGGAUUUAAGGAAGGAAAAGGAAGACAAGGCCAAUCUUCAGGCUGAAGUGCAGCACUUGCGGGAAGACAAUUUACGGUUACAGGAGGAGUCUCAGAACGCAACUGAAAAACUGAAGAAAUUCACAGAAUGGGUUUUCAACACGAUUGAUAUGAACUGAAGACAGUAAAUGGGGAAGGAAGGAAACCAUCAGUGCUGAGCAUCAUCAGUGGGACUUAAGCUUUAAUGCCAUCUUUACUCAUGAUGUGAAAGUGUAUAGUCACAGCACUUCCCCACCCUCCCUCCUCUAACAGCCCUUUUUUGCAUCCUUGCGCUCUCUCUGAACAAUUGCAGAUCAACAAUCAACAUCUGCCUUUUGUAGAAAAACAAAAAAGUAAAUAAUUUUACAAAGGUAAAAGAGAAGGUAACUGCUAAAAUGUGAAUGUCUUUAUUUUUUGCACAUUAUCUCUUUACCUGUUAUGUACAAAAUGAUUUGGAGACAGGGCCAGAAUUGCUCUGCCCUUCACCUCUACUUAUUUCCAUUAACUCCUUUCUAUCUAUUUCAGGUAAUCUGCUUUUCCUUGCUGCUUUGGCAAAUAUUAUGACACCUAGAAGACUAGAAAGAAAUGUUUCUUUUGCUGCUUUUCUUAUGUUGGUUUCUGAAGUUUGCCGCAGACAAGGGGAUAUGAAACAAGGGUUGAGGUGUCUCCUGAAUGAUUUGCGCUUGACCGCUAGUGCUGCCUUCCCAUAUGUUAUGCAAGACAUAGGCCCGUAGUGGAUGGUACAGUAGAGACUAGAGAUUUGAGCCAUGGGUGAGACUUAUCACAUAUCUCCUCCUUGCAUUAGCAUUUCUAGUUACUUUUGUUUCCUGUGGAAACAAUGGUUGCCAGUUUACUGUAGGACAGUGCAGUUUGGCUCUUUGGCUCGCCAAAUGGCACACCACAUCAGGCAGGCUGAAAGAGACUGUGUAACACAUGGUCUCCAUCCCUUCCAUAGCCUGGACGGUCCUGUUCUCUGAGCAUAUACAGUAAGUUCUUGACUAAAGUCCUAAAAUAUUUAGAUUUUUUCAAACCCCAGACAUUUUCUUGAACUAUCUUUAUGCCAUGUCAGUGCUCCUGCCCUGCUGUUCCCCCCCUGUUUGAUUAUGAGACUCCCAAAUAACAGCAGGCUCAAGCAGUGUUUAGAAAUCACUUGAUUUCCUGUAUGCCAGGCCUUCUGGAAUUAAUAACCCCCCUUUAUGUAGAACUAUGUAAAGACUAAAUGAAAAAAAGGGUAUUUUUAGAAGUAUUGGGACAGGGAAAAAAAUCAAUAUUUUAACUCUUAGGUCUCUGGAGUCUGGCAUUCCCUUUACUACUACCUAGCAUUAUGUUUCCCAUCCUGCUUAAUACCAGGAACCUAUUUUUGUUUUCUUUGAAGGUGCCAUGAACUUGCCAUAAGAUGUCACCUCUCCAGAAAUGCCUUUUUUUUUUUUUUUUUGCAUUACAAUGCAACUCUCACUGAUUGCAGCCUGCACAAAUACUGCUGCAAGCAGCAUGCAGUAAUCAUCUCUACCCUCCACUAUCAACAUCCUUCCCAUCUAAACAUAUUUCUUACAUAAGAAAUAUUAAGGAAUAUUUGUCCAUUUCAGCCACCCUCCUGCCCCCUCCCUCCCCCUCUUUCCCCUCUGUCAGAUGCUUCUUUAAAAAAAAAUGGUAGACAUAUUCAUAGUUUCAUAGUUGGUAGAGGCGUAAGGGACCUGAGCAGAUCACCAAGUCCGACCCCCUGCCGUGGCAGGAAAGAGUACUGGGGUCAAAUGACCCCAGCCAGAUGUUCGUCCAGCCUUCUUUUAAAGACCCCUCCAGGGUAGGAGCCAGCACCACUUCUCUUGGAAGUGUGCUGCCCUGACAAUGAAGUAGCACUUCCUAAUAUCUAGCCUGAAUCUACCCUUCGCUAGCUUGUGUCCAUUGUUUCUUGUAAAUCCCAGGAGUGCUCGGGGGAACAGGGACUCUCCCAAUGCCUGCUGGUCCCCUUGACUAGUUUGUAGACUGCCACUAGUUCCCCUCUCAGCCUUCUCUUAUGGAGGCUGAACAGGUUCAGGUCCCUCAGCCUCUUCUCGUAGGGCCUGCCCUGCUGACCCCUGAUCAUGUGGGUGGCCCUCCUUUGGACCCUCGCCAUACUGUCCACAUCUCCCCUGAAGUGUGGCGCCCAGAACUGGAUGCAGUACUCCAGCUGUGGCCUGACUAGUGUCGCAUAGAGGGGGAGGAUCACCUCCUUGGACCUGCUUGAGAUGCAUCUGUGGAUGCAUGACAAGGUGCGGUUGGCCUUCAUGACCGCGUCCCCACACUGUUGGCCCAUGUUCAUUGUGGUAUCAAUAAUGACUCCAAGAUCCUUUUCUGUCUCUGCACUGAUGAGAAGGGAGUUCCCCAGCCUGUAGGUAUGCUGCUAGUUCUUCCUCCCCAGGUGCAGUUCCUUGCACUUGUCAGUGUUGAAACCCAUCCUGUUCUCAUCUGCCCACCCCUGUAACCUGUCUAGGUCUGAUUGCAGCCUGUUCCUUCCUUCUAGCGUACCCACUUCCCACCACAUCUUAGUGUCGUCUGCAAAUUCGAACAGGGUGCUUUUUACCCCCUUGUUCAAGUCACUGAUGAAGAUGUUGAACAGUGCAGGCCCGAGGACCGAGCCCUGUGGAACCACACUGCCCACAUCCCUCCAGGUCAAAAAUGACCUGUCCACCACCACUCUCUGGGUGCAGCCUUCCAGCCAGUUAGUGACCCAUCUGACCAUGUAGGCAUCAACACCACAGUCUCCUAGUUUCUUAAUGAGAAUGGGGUGAGAGACAGUGUCGAAGGCCUUCCUGAAGUCCAUAAAGACAAUAUCCACUGCGACACCAGCAUCCAAGGACUUGGUGACCUGGUCAUUUCUUAUCAUUAACUUUUCUAUGCCUCCUUCACUACACUUUUCCAUACCUUCCAUCUCCCUACACAUACAGACAUUCUGUACUUUAACCUAAAACUUCAUUUGUGGUGAUAAUCCUCAUGGAAUUCUUCUCUAAUGUUUUGUCAUGGAAAUGGAUCCAUUGGGAGCUGUUUCUGGAAUGCUCUUGUAAAGGUUUAGAAUGUCCUGGGUUUUUUAAUGACUUGUAUGAAGGAAAUUUGUAUAAUGCCUGAUAUUAUUUGUAAAUGGGAAAUAUUGCUAACAUCUCUGAGCAUCCUGAAGUCUUGCUUAUUCUCUCUUAUUUUUAAGUUUGUUUGGUUUUUAUUUUAUUUUAAAAAAAACUGGGACUUGGGGCAGACUAUUUAUUAGAGUUUUGCAACAGAGUUCUUCUUGUAUGAAGCCUCUAAAGGCUACUUGUAAAAUUCUGACAAUAAAACUCAUUUUAAAGGCUCUUCUAAA